CUCACGUGACAUAGUGUACAUCUACAUUUAUGCAAUAACCCACGAAUGGCUUUAGAUUUUAUAUUGAACGUCCUGCUAUGCUAAAUUAAAGAGAGCUUUAUGCAGUUCAUCCUUGGUAGUUAAGUUGGUUAGAGAUUCAAGAAGUAACACAUUGGCUUUGGUAUUAGUGACUCCGUUGAAAUUAAUUGUCGUCUGCGCCUCUUCUUGUGAAAGAAUUGAACCCCGUGCCAUCAAAGUGAAACGCUAGCGGUGAAAAUCAUGUCCAGCUUUGUCGUAUUCCUCCUUUUCAUAUGUGUUGUGGUUUUCACCACGUCUGGGACAGUUUUGAGUGCAGUAUCGUCUUCCGAUAGCCGCUGUAAAUUGGUGAAGGUAUUGCAGACGAUCGAUGAAAGAAAAACAGAUCCUUCUUGCAAGCCUAAAAAAGUGUUGACUUCAGUAUGCAAAGGUCUUUGUCCUUCAAACAGUAUACCUUACUCCGGUGGUGGAUUCAACGAAGAAUGUUUGUGUUGUUCUGAAAAAAGUUUCGUUGACGAAAAAGUAACGUUCGAUGGCUGUCAACACUACAUCGUACGAAAAGAGAUUAAAUCCUGUGGUUGUUCAAAAUGCUUGCGAAAGAAGACUUACAGCGGAUAAUUCUGAAGAUGCCUAGAAAUGAUGGUAGCGUCUUCUGGCUUGUUGUGUGUGAGAUGGCUACGGCAGAAUGACUAAAACUUUUUGCUAUUUGUCGCUAUGAUGAAUUUGUAGAUAUCAAUAGCCGUAAUAUAAGACAUGGUCUUUUUUAUGUAGUCCUUGCAUAGUUAUGUUCCUAGAUUUAGUUAGUCCUUCCCGAAGCAUAUAUGUAGUUUUUGUUUAGCCAUUAUCUUGGUGUUGUCUACUUUAUGACUGUACAUUUUUAACGAUAGAACCUCUACUAGCUUUCUGCGAAUGAAUUGUAGUCGGGACAUAGGUUUGACUGAAAGCUCGAUCGCGCAUCAUAUUUAAAUUAAGCUUUCAUACGCCUUGUGCAGUCAAACGUGAAGAAACUACAUUGUCCUUUUAAUAAAACUCUUCAGAUGUUUUCAUGUAGGAAACGAGUCUAAAAUGAUCACAGAAUUACCAUAGUUUCAAAUCGAAUUUUUAUUCGACAUUUAUCAAAAUACUGCUGUGUAAAAAUCGCAUUAUACCUGGUCGUAGUUUCGUUUCAUGAUCAUUGUCCACACUGCCGUAUUACAGGUGUUAUAUUCCACACCUGCCAAAGUAGCAAUAAAAGCAACUUGUAGUUUGGCUACUGAUAUCGAAAGGUUAUUAUGCUCUUAUGAAGAUGAAUAGCUCUUGUUUCACAACUCGAAGAAGAGAUUUGCUGUACAAAAAUUAAUUUGUUUUUGGUUAAGUUGCAGUUGUACUUUGUUAUUGCAGCUCGACAGUUUAUAUUCUAACUGAGAGGAAAGAAUGGCAAUGAAAUCCAUGUAUCUGUUUGUAUUUCAACUCUUUCUUUGCUCAACACAAGGUUGGAGAGUUGUGAAUAAGUUAUUAUUGCGCGAUUAUGAAAAUAACCAUCUUCCAACGCCAUUAAACAUAAGCAGUAAAGCAAGCGAGGAAAAUGGUGCUGUCGACACUUUUGAUCAUUAUUUACCAAUGUUGGAUGAAACUGCGAAACUUAGGGAAACCGUCGCUAAAGCUGAAGAAAAUUUGAAAGCGCAUUAUUUCGAAGGCGAUAUUAUACUCACUCCUCGUCAGCAGAAAGUUUUACACAAUGCCUUCAAAUAUGCUCACAAACGAAGUGAUGCUGAAAACAGAGCAUUGAUAAAAGACGUGUCGAGAUUGUGGCCAGACGGAAAGGUUCCAUACGCUUAUGCAUCCGACAUAGAUAGCGAAGGUAAAAGUAUUACGAAAGAUGCAAUGGAGCAUUGGAUGCAGCACACUUGCGUUAAAUUUAUUCCACAAACGAACGAAACGGACUUUGUUGAAUUCCAAUUUGCAGAUGCGUGUGCAUCACGUGUUGGACGUCUUGGAAUGGGUAGACAAGAAAUUUUGAUUGGUUCUGUUGAGGCAAAAUGUAAAGUUGGCAACCUUAUUCAUGAGAUAGGCCACACACUUGGUUUUUUUCAUGAGCACUCCAGACCGGAUAGAGAUCAGUUUGUCAAGGUAAACCUUGAUCUUGUAAUGCAAGGUUUCGAAAUCAACUUCAAGAAGCUUCCUGGUGAUUGGAUUGACUCGCGUGACGUAGCUUACGAUUACGAUUCUAUAAUGCACUACCCACGCACCAUAUUUGGUAAGAUGCCCUGGGACCAAACAGUUGUUCCUUUGGACGCACGUGCUCAGAUUGGUCAGCGCAUAAAGUUGAGUGAUUCAGAUAUUUUGCAAGCCAAGAAGUUAUAUAAUUGUCCUGGGUAUGAACAAAAUAUCCAAACAUGAACACAAGAUUAUUGUAAAGUGGUAGAAAUGGUCUCCAUAACCAUAUACAUGGCCGUGUAUCUGAGGUCUUUUGUAUCGUACGUUGGUUAUGUACUCAUAAUUACCCCAAUCGAGAAUCUCACCGCAUUCCUUAAUGUGAGUUGAACGUAUGAGUUGAAUGUACAAGUUAUGCUGAACAUACUUAACUUGUUAUCGACUAUUAAGCCUUCAUAGUUAAACGUAAGUUGAGCUUUAUUUAGACAUUUCUGAAAAUUUUAAUUUUAUAUAUAGUGUGAAAUUCUUCAUUGACUGAGAGAAAAGUCAACGCCUGUAACUACUUAUACAAAUAUUUCUCAUUUAACACUUGAACUAGUUUGACUAAGUCUUCAUUUAACAAUUUUAAAGUGAAUAGAAAGUUAACGGUCUUAUUGAUAUCGUAGCUAAAUUUUAUUCACGAUUUUCAGAUUUACAGUAAAUUAAUACAACAUUUAUUACAACUACUUAAUAACGGCCGUAAUAUGCCUUAAAAAGAAUUCUCAUUUUUUACCAACCAAAUUUGUCUAGCUAAUGUCGAAUAAACAUUUGUCGUCAAUAAGUUUUCAGCAUUUUGGGAUGUUUUGGUGUUCGACGAAAGGUAACACUUAUUCAGAUAUCUUUUGCAUUAUUCAUAUAUUCUGCAGUCUACCGUAGAAUGUUGGGAUUUCCUGCAAGCACUAUUUCUUAAAGUUCUCUUCCAUCUUGAAUUACAAACUCGUGUGAGUUACAAGCCAAAAAACUAUUUCUACAUGAAGUUCUUUGUUAAUAAAAAGAUUAAAGAUCAA